CCAUGUAACUGUUCAUCCUUUUUCUUUUGCACAGACCCUGAACAUGAAGUAGUUUGCCAUCGGAGAACAGAUGAAAGGCAUUGUACUCCUGCAGAAACUAAGGCUAAAUGUCCUAAAACACCCAAAACUGAAAUGGCUUGCAUUGUGAAACAUGUCCGCAGCAAAUGUUCUGCAAAGAGACUCGACCCUGCAUGCUACGACUCGAAGCCCGUUAUUUCUGAUAUCAAUAAAUUAUUUGAUAACUGUGUUGAGAAAUAUGGCGAAAUACAAGAACGAGUUUUGGUCAUCAACAACAGCACAGAUUCAUCAGGAAGUUCAAUCAUGGUGAAAGCCGAGUGUGCCGAAGUUUCCGUGUACGUUGCCUUUAACAAGCGUCAUCCCACUGAAAACGAUUGCGACGACAAAACAUUUGCAACAGAUGGGUCUCCUGGAAAACUAGAUGUUGUAAAAAAUACAAAACGCGAUCAACUUUCAGUGACCAUACGUUCCAGGAGGCGAUAUGGUCUCAAAUCUAUUUCUUGUCACCAUCCCUCCUAUACAGUCAGCAUCAAGCCAAAAGAUCAUAUGUUUGAAGUGGCUUGCCAUCUAAAACGAGAUGAAAGACCGUGUAGCGAUGAAGAGAAAAGGGAUAAGUGUAAAGACGAUCCUAGGAACCCCCCCAGUGCAGGCUAUAGACAACUUUCCAUAAACGCAUGGAUUUCCACGGGACUCUUAGUUGCUUGGCGACUGGCAUAAUCGGAGAUACUUUGCAGGUACAACUGCUACUAAAACCAACGACCAGUUAUUACACAACGCAAUUAUCACUGAUCAAAAACUCUGUGUGUGUAUGUACGUGUGUGUAUGUGUGUGUAAGUGUGAAUAUGCAAGACAUUAUGUUUGUCUUUGCAAGACACGUACACACACAUGGAGAUAGACAUGCGCACACAUAUGUAUAUGUGUGUAUAUACGCUUAUGCGCCAUUAUAGAUCAUUAGCCACUAAACCUUUUUCUAUUUUCUCUCCCAGUU